UAUCUGACAGAAAAUGGCUGGCUGGCAGUGUGGGAAUUAUUCCCUUAUGCUCCUACCACAAUUUUAAGGCGUCCUACAGAAAGCAUGCACCGUUGCAUUUAGCAAAGAAUCAUAAUGUUUAAAAAGGCGAAGCGAGCUAACUUUAGACGGCGGAAUGAGUCCGACGAGGAGGAGCAGGAGGAGGCUCGGCAGCCGCCGCUGGCCCCGACGCUGUUCGGGCCUGCCGUGGAGGAGAUCCCGUUCAUGGAGACCUCCAGUAACAGCGUUACCGGGCCACCGAGCAGCACGGACAACUACCACAGCAACGGGUUUCAGCCUAGCUUUAACAGUUUGAGAGCUGUCAAGAAAGAAAAGAAGGUCAAGGAAAUAGCUCCCGUUGCAGCUAUUGUGCCUGGACCCACGAAAGCCAGUUUGUUGAGUUUCGACGAUGAUGAAGAAGGAUCCGAGGUGUUCAGAGUGAAGAAAUCCAAUCACAGUAAGAAGAUUGUCAAGCAGCUGAAGAAAGAAUACAAGGAGGAUCUGGAGAAGUCUGGAGUUAAACAGGAAAUUAAAUCAGAUGCUCCACCUCAGCCUGUGGUUGCCAUCAAAGAGGAGGUUACUAGCAGGGCAGGCAGUGAACAGGGGGAGGAAGAGAUGGAGGUGGACAGUGCUGAUGAGCAGGAGGAAGAGGCCAAAAGUCAAGGUGGACAAGCACAAGGUCAAGUCUCCAAGAGCAACACAACAACUGGAGCCUCAUUCAACACGCUUUCCUCCCUCGGCAGUCUCCGACCAGGGGAGAUCCCUGAUGCAGCAUUUAUCCACGCUGCCAGAAAGCGCCGGCAAAUGGCUCGAGAGCUGGGGGGCGAAGCACCUCUGGUAGAGACGGAGACUACCAAGAAACGUAUGGUCCGAGAAGACCAAGACGUCAGUGACGACGAAGACGAGGAAGAGAAGAGGAUCCGUUUCAGCGGAGUGAAGAACAAAAGCCAAAGACAGAAGAUCGCUGAGGAGAUAGGUAUUGAGGGAAGUGAUGACGAGGCACUGGAUACAGGCCAGGAUGAGGAGGUGCGCCGCUGGGAGCAGGAGCAGAUUAGGAAAGGAAUCAGCAUACCCCAAGUUCAAAGCAGCCAGCCGGAAGACAACACAGUGUACUACCAGAACAGCUACGAGAGCCAGCCCUUUGGCUCUUCCUACAGCAUACCUUUCACCUACAGCACUGUGGCCCAACAGACGCCCAAGCCAACUGGCAGAGCCGACAAUGGGUCUGUUCACUACGGGAACCCUAUUAGUGAUCUAACCCCGGUAUCCAUUGAUCUGGUAAAGAAACGCCUGCAGGAUAGGCUCAGCCAAAUGCGUGCAGGCCACGACGCAAACGACAGGCGCUACAAACAGAUCGAAGAAGACCUCGCUGCCUCCGAGAGCGCCAUACAGCAGCUGGAGGGCUCGUCCAAUGACAAUGCAGAUCAAUAUAAAUUCUUGCAAGAGAUGCGAGGGUAUGUUGGAGACUUGCUUGAGUGUUUCAGUGAAAAGGUGCCUGCUGUCCUGGAGCUGGAGGCUGCCAUGCACCAGUUACUAAGGCAACGGGCCUCACGACUUGUCCAGAGAAGACAGGAUGAUAUUAAAGAUGAAUCGUCGGAGUUUGCAAGCCUUUCAAGUAAAGCUGUCAUGGCUCCUAAUCUGGACUCAUUCGGUCGAGAUCGCGCAGCAUACCAAGAGAACAGUCGUCAGAGGAGGAUAGCGGAAAGAGAAGCACGACGAACUCGGCGGCGACAAGCUAGAGAGCAGAAUGGAAAGAGGGCUGAGCAUAAAGAAGGCUUAUCAUCUGAUGAUGAGGAGACCUCAACUGACAUCACCAGCUUCAACAUGGAGAGAGAUCGUAUCAUCAGGGAAUGUAAGAAAGUAUUUGAGGAUGUGGUGGAAGACUUUCAUUCUCUUGACUGCAUCAAAUCCCGUUUUGAAGUGUGGAGGAGAGAAUAUGCCGACUGCUACAAAGAUGCCUACAUAGGCCUCUGUCUGCCCAAACUCUUUAACCCGUUAGUCCGUCUGCAGCUGAUCACAUGGAACCCUCUCGAGGCUCCGUGUGCAAAUUUCGAAUACAUGCUCUGGUUUGAGUCGCUGUUGUUUUACGGCUUUGAGGAGCACAGCGUGUUGCAGAGAGGAGAUGGGGAUAUCAGCUUGUUGCCUGCUAUUGUGGAGAAGGUCAUCCUCUCCAAACUGACAGUGUUGACAGAGCAAGUAUGGGACCCGCUGUCAAGCAGUCAGACAGCCAGGCUGGUGGGCUUCAUUCACAGACUAAUGAAAGGUUACCCUACUGUGCUCCAUGGGGACAACCGAUACACACAGGAGCUUUUAAAAAGUAUCGUCUUCAGGACCAGACGGACUCUGGACGAAGAUGUCUUCCUUCCACUCUACCCCAAAACUGUGUUGGAGAACAAGAAUAGCGGUCCCUACUUAUUCUACCAGAGGCAGUUCUGGUCCUGUGUGAAGCUGCUGGGUAACAUCCUGCAGUGGGAAGGGAUCUUGUCCGGUUCUUGUCUGAGGGAUCUGGCAUUGGACAGCACUCUGAAUAGAUACAUCCUCUCUGCACUGCAGACGACAGAAACUGGGGAGGACAAUGUCCCCAAGUGUCAGAAGGUUGUGGAGUGUUUGCCUGUGCAGUGGUUCUCUGGACUGAAGGGCCAGCAGACGUUGCCUCAGUUGGAGCCAUUCUGUCGCUACCUCACUUACCUGGCCAACUCAUUGUACCGCAGCAGUUUGGGAGCAUCUGAUGUGGAACGGCGCAACAGCAAGGACCUCGUCAAAGAUGUUGUGAAGAUGUUGGGCAACAUGAAUGCCCUGGACCACAUCAUCACUGUGGCAGCAGAGUUUGGAAUUAAAGACAUCAAGCCACUUUUGGAAGCAAAGUCAUAAAGGAGGAAAUGGCAACAUAAACUUUUCAUCUUUUCCUGUGAGCAGGACAUUUGAAGCCAUGGGAUCCCUAAGGGUGAAUUCCUGGAAAAGGUGUGCGUAAGUGGAUUUGAAACGGAACUCAACAGUUGCUACCUUGCUUGAAAAGCGAAGGUAAAAACAACGUUGGUGUACAUACUGUGAAUAAUGUAUAGAAAAAGGCGUGCUCUUAUGCUCAACACAAGACUUAUGCUGAAGGUAAGGCCUUGUGUUUUCAGCUCUGUUAUGCUACAUGCUGGCGAUACUUUAAAGCAUAAUUUAUUAAGGGUAAAUAAUUGUUGAUAUGGUUUGCUGGCAUAUGGCUGGCAAUGAUCUCUAAAUUGUCACCACAUUCAACCUGGCUUUCUGUAUCUGUAUAAACUGCUUUAACCACCUUUAUUCCUCCCACAUGCUCUACUUUUCCAUAUGUGCCAAAAGUUUCUGGUUGGCCACUUCUCCCCACAGUCGUCCUGUGUCACCUACACACUGUCUUGAAGACUCUGCAGCUGAGAGCUUUGUAUUCAGAUUUGUAAGACUUUUGUUUUAGCAUUUUAUUUGCCUGUGAAUAAAAUAUUAAUUUGAA